UGUUGCCCUUAGCAGCAGUAAAAUAUUGUCGACGGAAGUUACAGGCAACUUAGAUGGAAAGAUAUUUUGCUUUAGCGCUACCAUUGCAGUUUAAUACCUAAUAAUAAUGAUACAAUUUCUGUUUUUUAGCGGAAAGCAGUAAAAGGAUGAAAGGAAUUCGCAAGUAUCUGUGUCUGGUACUGGGUCAUUUGCUUUUGAAGUAAUUGUUAAUAUUCAGUUUGCAAUAAAAAUAGCACCGUUUAAGCGGCGUAUUGUACAGAAGCCCGUACACAAAUGAGCGAGGGUCGGUAGGAAUAUGCAUGAAUUUAUCGACGUAGUACUGCUCGUCAAAAGAAAUCAGUACUACAAAUCCGACCAUAUGAGGAAUAUGAAUAUUAAUCCGUCUAUGACCCAGCGAAGCGCGAACCGUUUUUGGAGCACUGGAUUAAACCAAGGAAAAACUUAAAAUAUAUUUCUUUAGGAAGCGAUUUACCGAUGUCACGGAGAGAUGUGCAUUUUAUGUAAAAGUGGACAGUGUGAUUACUGAAUCCGCCGUGAUUGUUACGACUAGGCUUUUUCCAGGACCUGAAAGACUUAGUCGUGGGAGGUAUCUGACGGCUAAGAAAGUCAAAGGGAUGUGCCGGACUCCGACAUCCCACACAUCAGUGUUGCAGGAAAGACAUGGCUGAGAGCCCGCCGGACAGGCCGCCCCUGGCGCAGAAGGCGUUGUCCGAAGGCUACGCGCGCCUCCGCUACCGCGACACGUCGCUGCUCAUCUGGCAGCAGCAGCAGCUGGAGCUCGAGCGCGCGCCCCCGACCACCUACCUGAGCCGCAGCCAGAGCACGUGGUACAGCCAGUACGGCAACCAGGCCGUGGUGGUGCGGGACAAGGGGAAGGUGCACAUGGAUCCCGAGCCCGGGGGGUCCCGCAUCUGCCUGAUCAUGUAACGCAUGCAGCCUUAAUGACGGGUCUGCAAGCAGAUCUGCGCCACACGUCUUUUAACGUGGCGUAUACUGCAAAACAUUAAUUUAUUAUUAUACACCUCGUAUGCUCACCUUGAGCGUUUGAUUUGAUGUAUGGCUCUAAAUUUUGUGUUGGUCACUGAUCCAGAGGUAUGGGUCACGAACAAACUUUAAUUACAAACUAAACUUAUAUUUUCAGUUUGUCUUAUGGACUACAGUAACUGCAUUUAAAAAGUGAUAUUUUUCCAUUUAAUAUAUAAUUGCGUGGAACAUGUUUUGAAUUGAUUCAUAUUACUGUGUUUAAAAUAUGGUUUUACUGUUUUCAAAAAGUGUAAGGAACAGUAUUAUAACCAAAACAGUAUCUUUAUAAAACUGCAACGUUAGUUAUUCUAUGUUUACAAGGUCUAGAAUCUAUCAAAUGUAUUUCACAUUUGUUGGUCAUGAUACGGUACUAGAAUUAUCAGUGUUUCAUAACAAGUGUAAUUGUAUUAAACAUGAAAUAUAGAUAAUGAAAUAUAGAUAUAAAUUUCUGAAAUACGUUCGUGUGAACUAUAUAAUGGUAAAUAUGGAAAAUAUGGUAUGAAACCACGUAGAUUAGUGUCAUGCAGGCAUUCAGUGGCAAUUUUGAAAUAUUGUGUAGGCCCAAUUGCAUCCACUAUUACUGGUAAUGCUCAAGAUAUAUUGAAACUUCAGUUUUGUCUGUGAUCUACACAUACAUUUCUGAUAUAAUUUACUUACCUUUAUUGUUACUAUUCAUUCUCUUAUUUACAAUGCUUUCUAUGUAGCAACUUUAUGAGUGCGACUAUUGGACCGGGAAGGUUUUUCUUCCAGUACUGUACCACAAACAGACUUGCAUUCUAAAUUCAAGGUUAUGAAGCACAUUUAACAGACACAGCACAAUUUAACUUCCUUCAAAUUCGAUUUUGAACUCGUGUGUAAAACAAUAUACAGGGCAGCUGAUUGUAUUGCUGUGGAUAUUUUUACUAGACUGUGAUUAGAUGUAUUAGCAGAAGUAACGCAGAUAUCCACCACCGCUUUAUGUCUAUGGUCAUGGAAUAAAUGUCAAUUUUCCAUGGAACACUUGUGCUUUUACCCAAAAACCAGGCAUUCGUUAUAGGGGCCCGACGGAGAAGCCCAGCAUGCAGUUUUUCACCUGGUGUAGGUGAAUGCAGGGUUGCAGAUGACACCAUUAAUAGAAAAUAAUGCAGCAUUAUAUGUCUAAGAAGCCUGCACAGCUGGACGAUCCUAGUAUAGAACCAGACACAGAAGCAGAGGUAAGGUUUU